AUGAGUCUGGAGGCCGUCUGCCCGUGGAAGGGCUCCCUGCCUCGCCUGCAGGUGAGGACCUGGAUCGAGCCCGUGGUGGCGUCCACCCAGUUGGCCGCCUCGCUCUACGACGCGGGGCUGCUCCUGGUGGUGAAGGCGUCCUUCGGGGUCCCCACCUUUUCCAACCACAGCGCCGCCGCCGUCAGCCCGUCGCCCCGCGGGGCCCAGGAGGACAGUCAGCAAAAGGCCAUCUCCAAUUUCUACAUCAUCUACAACCUGGUGAUGGGCCUGACGCCCCUGCUGUCCGCUUAUUCCCUGGGCUGUCUCAGCGACCGCUACCACCGCAAGAUCUCCAUCUGCGUGGCGCUCUUCGGCUUCCUGCUGUCGCGCCUCGGGCUGCUGCUCAAGGUGCUGCUGGACUGGCCGGUCCAGGUGCUCUACGGCGCGGCGGCGCUCAACGGGCUGUGCGGCGGCUUCUCGUCCUACUGGUCCGGAGUCAUGGCCCUCGGGUCGCUGGGCUCCUCGGAGGGCCGCCGUUCCGUGCGCCUCAUCCUUAUUGACCUCAUGUUGGGCUUGGCGGGGUUCUGCGGGAGCAUCGCUUCGGGCCAUCUCUUCCAGCAGACGGCCGGGCACUCGAGCCAGGGCCUGGUGCUCACAGCCUGCAGCGUCAGCUGCGCCACUUUUGCUCUGCUCUACAGCCUCUUUGUGCUCAAGGUUCCCGAGUCGGUGGCCAAGCCCAGUAAGACUCUGGCGGCUGUAGAUGCUUUGCCUGGCAUGGUGGGCACUUAUCGUAGCCUCGAUCCAGACCAGCCCGACCUGCAGAGUGUGGAGGGCUCGCUGCCCUCGCCCGAGAAAGCCCAGCCCAAGAAAACCAUCAUUGCUCUGCUCUUCGUGGGAGCCAUCAUCUAUGACCUGGCAGUGGUAGGCACUGUGGACAUCAUGCCCCUAUUUGUGCUGAGGGCUCCUCUCAGCUGGAACCAAGUUCAGGUGGGCUAUGGCAUGGCUGCAGGCUACACCAUCUUCAUCACCAGCUUCCUGGGUGUGCUGAUCUUCUCCCGUUGUUUCCGGGACACCACUAUGAUCAUCAUUGGCAUGGUCUCCUUUGGGUCUGGGGCCCUCCUCUUGGCUUUUGUCAAAAAGACAUACAUGUUUUAUAUUGCUCGGACCGUCAUGCUGUUUGCGCUUAUCCCCAUCACAACUAUCCGAUCAGCCCUGUCCAAACUCGUCAAGGGCUCCUCCUACGGGAAGUUAUUUGUCACCCUGCAGCUGUCCCUGGCACUGACUGGGGUGGUGACAUCCACAGUGUUCAACGAGAUCUAUCAGCUCACCCUGGAGAAGUUUGUGGGUAGCUGCUUCGCUAUCUCCUCCUCCCUCUCCUUCUUGGCCAUCAUUCCAAUUGGCCUGGUGGCCUAUAAACAAACCUCGUGGUCAAAGUUCGGAGGUGUUGAGGAGAAAUGA